AUGAAGAUCCAGGGACGUACUUUCAUUGUCACAGGCGGGGCCUCCGGCCUUGGUCGCGGUUGCGUGGAUAUGAUCAUCCGUCAAGGGGGCAAUGCUGCGGUCAUCGACACCAACAGCAAUCUCGGGACCGCCGCGACUACGGAACUUGGACCUUCGAUGAAGUUUCUGCAUUGCGAUAUCACCAUUACGCAGAGUGUCGCAGAUGCUAUCAAGGACACUCUUGACUGGGCGCAAGGGGCCGGCAAACCCAUCAGCGGUAUCUUUCACUGCUGCUGGAACUGGUUCUCCGUGCAUGGUGUGGAUUUCCACCUCACGCUAUUACUUACAAGGCGCGAAGUUCUCUCCCUAGUGAGGAGGCUACUGCGAUUCUAG